GUCUGACGCUACUUCGGUGCGUCUUGGUGUGUGGUUGUGCCAAAUUCGUGGUGAUACAAUGAAGCUUCCACGAUGAAGAGGAACGAGAGUGGAGUAUCCCGCUUCGGAUCUUUCUUCCGUCGGCGGACGCUGCGGCGGAUACGAGACAGCACCGACAACGACUCGGAAGCCGAGAUUCCGCUGGUGCCGUCUCCGCCGUUGGUGCGCCAGUCGUCCGUCCAGCGGCAGACCAGCGCAGUCGACGACGAUGCCUCGUCGCAGCGGUACCUGCUCUCACGGGGCGGAAUCCGAUUCUGGAAGAACUUCGCCUACGAGGCAGAGUCUCGUCCGUACAUCCGCGUCCGGCACGACAUCGACCCGGACCAAGUGUGCGGCGUGCUAGUCCAGGAGUGGCUGUUCUCGGCGCCGCGCAUCGCCCUGGUGCUCAUCUCGCACGUGGGACCGCUGGGCGACUGGGCGGACGCGAGGCGGCUCGAGGGCUUCCGGCGAGGCCUGCUGCGCGCCGCCAACGCCACGCCCAUGUGGCUCCUCACCAACGGCUUCAACACGGGCCUCGCCAAGCUGGUCGGCGACGCCGUGAGCCACGAGCUGCGCCGACGCCAGGCACUGCGCUGCCACAAGCACCCGAACCGCACCCGCGCCACCCUGCCUCCCCUGCGGCUGCUGGGCAUCGUACGGGAGGACAUGCUCGUCAACGCCGACCUGCUCGACGGAAGGCAGACAGACGUCCAGAUCGAGAACGAGGGUAACCGGCCUGACGAGGGCAAGUUUGAGCUGAACCCGGACCACUCAAACUACGUGCUUGUGCGGGACGAGACGGUCAACCGCACGGGGCUCAACCAUUUUGUGCUGCGACUCGAGCAGAGGCUCAUAAACCUCUCCGACCAGGCACCAGCGGCGGCUUCCACUGGCGGAGGCGACAAGGAAGGUGGUGUGGCCGAGCUACCGCUCAUUGCGCUGCUCGUGUCCGGAGGCGACGGCUGCGCGCGGCUUGUGCUCGAGCAUCUCAAGCGACAGCUGCCCGUCGUGGUGUUCGAGGGAAGCGGGGGACUCGCCGACCUGCUUGCAUUUGCCUACCGGGAAGUCCAAAGAAGGAGUUCUGCUGUGUGGGAUGCUGAGUUUGUGGAGAACUUCCUGAAACCCGAGCUGGCCUCCAUGCUAUGCCUGCUGUACCCGGCGUACCGGGAAAAUGCCUUGGCCAGGAACCUGCUGCGAGACCGCAUCGUUGAGUGCGCCCGGCUCUCCUGCCAGUCGCACUGUCUAACGCUUGUUGACAUCCGAAGCCGCUCCUGUGAUCUGACACGCCUUGACGAGAUCCUACUUAACGCAUUCUUCAAGGCCCAGAAACCCGAAAGGGUAUUACGAUACAACCAAAUGAAGAAAGACCUUAUGCUCACCAUCGAUUGGAACUGUCCUGACGUGGCAAUGUCACAGGUCUUCUUGAAGGACCCGUCUUGUAAAUUCCAGGUGGACCGGGACAUUUUUGAAGAAGCCCUCAUACGUCCUGGCCGUGAAGAGUUUAUACAGAUUUUUCUGGAGCGGGGCUUUCGUGUCCACAAGUACCUGACGCCCCGUAGGCUGAAGCAGCUCUUCAAGAAAGUCCAGGGAGAGCAGUUCUUCCGAUCCGUCUGCUGGGAGGGUGCCCUGGGACGUAGCCCCUUCUCCAAGCUGGGCAAGCACUUUGUGGACACUGAGCUGAACUGGCUGAUUGAGACUCUGACUGGCCUGCACAACUUUGUGGACAGCCAGGAGUUGUCCAUGAACGCGGCAGGCAUCUAUACAUUGGACCCCGGUGCAGCUGAGCGCAAGGCCCUGGCCCUGCUGGCAUUGUGGUGCGCAUUCACACAGCGCACUGCACAGGCCAGGCGCCUAUGGCAGUGUUGCGACCAGCCCAUCCACCUGGCACUGCUGGUGUCCAUGACGUAUGGACGGCUGGCCAACCUGGUCCACGUAGGAAACACCAAGAAGGACCUGUCAGAUGCCUGCGAGGAGUUUGCAAGCAUGGCGACAGGCGUGCUGGACUGCAGUUAUCAGGAGGCCACGUGCCGAGCAUACGACGUGCUGAGCGAGGAGAACCCGGACUGGGGACACCGCACAGCUGUUGACAUAGCUGCGCAGGCCAACAACCGUAAGUUCCUGGCCCACCCGUGCUGCCAGCGCUGGAUCACCAACCUCUUCAUGGGCCGCAUCAGUGUGCGAGACCUCACGUGGGGACCGCUGGCAGUGCCUCUGUGGCUCAAGAUCAUCUUAUGUGCAUUUCUAGUCUUCCCGAUGUAUGUGUGGGUCCGCUUUAAGUCGGAUCCUCAUGAAAUGGAAUACAAAGAAGAGGCCGACAUUGAAGAAGAGAAAGACGAGCGAGAGUGCGAUGAGGAUGCCCUCCUGCCGGAUGGGAGUCGUGCCAUUGACAUACUUCCGCAGCAGCAGCAGGACAUGCUGCCAGGGCUGAUGUCGGAAACGAAGGUAUCUUUCCAGCCGGAGGUGAUGACGACACUGCUGCGCGAGCGAGAGUUGUUUGUGCCAUCGCCUCCACCGCUGUGGAACAUGGUCUACCAGAUGUGGAAUGCGCCCAUAACCAAGUUCUGGACAUUCCAGAUCUUCUACAUUGUGUACCUGGCACUGUUCAGUGUGGCCGUGCUGUUGCCCUCGUGUGGCAAUCGGUAUGUAGACAUGGCUGUGUGUGCUUGGACAGCGCUCAUUGCCCUUGAGUCAGCAAGGAGGACGUACGUUCUGCACAAGAGAUACCACGACGUGCCCUUGUUCCUUCGAUGCGUGGAGGUGCUGCUCAUUGCGGCCUUUGUGGCCGUGUAUGUGGUGGCUCGUGUGUUGGGCCCAACACCCUUUUUCAGCCCAUACAGUGUCAAAGUGGUGCUGUGUGCAGCGCUGCUCGGGUUCUACUACCGGCAGAUUGUCAUCUACCUGCCCAUCUCGCCUACACUGGGCCCGCUGCUCUACAAAGUGCGCCUCAUGGUGGCCGAGGACUUUGUGAACUUCAUGCGCAUGGCACUACUGGUGAUCAUCAGUGGAGGCAUUGUGGCGCAUGCGCUGCUCUACCCGGACUACCCAUUCAACCUGGAGCUCCUCAGGAGGACCUUCCAUCGUGCAUGGUUCUCCCUCUUCCUUACACCCAUCGCCGACCUCGAAGGGGAUCCACGCUGCUUCACUUUGAAGGCACCACUCAACCAAUCUGUGGAAGAAUGCCGCAUUAGUGAAUACACCGAUUACACGUGCACCAACCCGGGGUUGUGGCCGUACUUCUUCGUCAUACAGUUUCUUGUCCUUCUAAAGCUGGUCUUGCUGACACUUCUCUAUGCUCUCUUCAGCCACACGGCGCAGAAGAUUGAGUCAGCAUCCGACGAUAUCUGGAAGUUCCAGCGGUACAAGCUGGUCGUGGACUUCAUGAACCGGCUUUGCCUGCCACCCCCAUUGAAUGUGUUCAGCUACAUCAUUGCUUUUCUGCAAUUUCUCUGGCGUCUGCUCACCUGCCACUUCUGCCGCACAACGCAUCAGCUGGAUGGCCACCCAGAGCUGGCGAAGUCACAACUGCGGCUCUCCGAGAAGGACUACAACUACUGGAAACACCUGGCAUCUCAGUACAGCCAGAGGAAGAGUGAGGAGCGAGAAUUCGAGGAGAAGAAGAAGAAGCAGCUUGAAAGCUUGUCGUACUUCCUUGAAGACAUGGACCACCAGCGACAUACUCUCAGCCUUCUCAAGGGCCAGAUUCAAGAACUGCAAAGGACGGUCGGCAAAUCGUUUUCUUACCUUCAGACGCUCAAGAAUGCGACGGACAGACCCGGUGAGCCAGGUGGUCUUUUGCCAGGCGCUGUGCAUGUGCUGUCACGCAAGAGCCCAUACCCAAGCACACGUGUCCUUCGCUAUCCUGUGCCGGACAAGUAUGUCGCAUGGCAGGUGCUGUGGCUAGAGUACGACCCUGUGGCCUACAGUCGGCCACGCACUGACUUCCCCGCCCAUCUGCAGCCACAUGUUGAUGAGGAUAUCUUGGAGCUUAAACUGGCUUCUGAUGGUGGUCCUGUACCAAGCUUUGCUUGGAACUCGGUGUCCACAAGCCCUGCAGGUGUGAGCAUCAACCGCCAGUCGUGGAUCCGUGAUGCCGAUGGUUUGCCCAUUAUCUACCGCCUGGACGCGCAGGGAAUGCCAAUGAAUCCCAUUGGCAGGACGGGAUUGCGAGGACGGGGAGCCUUGCCACGCUGGGGCCCAAACCAUUACGUGCUUUUUAUCAUCACCAGGUGGCAGAGGGCCAAGGUGCACCUAAUUGGGGGCAGGGGCCUGGAGGUGGUCCUCAUGCGUGUCUUCCGGACAGACCACUUCAGCCUUCCAGGGGACUUUGUACCUGGAGAAGCCAAAUAUGACACGCUGAAGCUGCUGUUCAAGCCAGAGACAUUGGCCAAGUGUGAGACUGAGGAUGACAUCAAGGAGUUUUUCCGAAGCUGCCACUUAGAAGAAGACGGUGCGGACGAGCCGCUGGUCGAGUGCAGGCAGCGUGGCUACAUGGACGACCCCAUGAACACUGAUCACUGCUGGCGUGAAACAGAACUGUGGAACAUUCACUACGAUGGUGCAGAGAACCUGCAGGACAAGAUGCAGAACCACUUGCUGUGGCGGCUGGUCACGGAGGACCUCUUUAUGAAGCUGCCACUCGGGCAGUCAGUCCUGCUGCACGAAGUGACCAAAUCACUUCAAGCGAGCAUCAUCUAAGCCUGCUUAGGGUCACCGGUAUCCCGACGCCGAUCCUUCAGGUCUAUGACAUAACUUGGCUGUGAUUAUUGCUCCUGCCUGUACGACAUGCCUAGUGGCGCCUUCGUUGCACGUGGAUUCUACACAGUGGCAACUGCUUCUUGUGCUUUAGUGAUGCCGAAGCUCGGCAAGGACGCCAUUCAUUGUUGACCUGCUUUGUCUCUCACAACAUUAUAGUAUUUAAUGCUUGUUAUAUCUUUUGACAGGUGUGCUUAAGAACACGCUACGCUCUUGCACUCUAACUUGAUGUGAUACGUUUAUUGUUAUUGUUUAUGUUUUUUCAGAAGCAUCACAGUAUAAUUCGGGUGUGGUAAAGCACCACAGGAUUAUAAGCCUUUUGCAAUGUGCCUGUUUAUGCUAAAAGCAUAAAAGCUAUAUGCUUGUGUAUGAACUGUGUUACCUCUUCUGUCAAGUGUGUGGCAAACUUUUCUAUGUUGUAAUGUGUAGGCUCGCUUAUGUAUUCGUAAUUUAUAGAGGACCACGGCAUGUAGAUAGGUGAUAAUAAACAAUAAUGACGCGUCGACAUGCUACAUUUUGAGCAUAGACAUGUAUUAUAAUCAGAAUGCGUUUAAUGUUUGACAAAAAUGUGUACUGUUAAGUUUUUUGGUAAAGUGUUGUGUUAAUAUGAGCAUUACUACUGUAUAGAUGUGUACAUACGUAUGUCGUGUAGUAGCAUUCGAGUUUUCAUUCAAUGUGGCACAUCUUGAAAUUUUGUCCAACAUGGCUCAGGGGUAUGUUGUUACAUUAUGCAUCCUGAAAGCUGUGGUGAAAUUGAAAUAUGUACUUAGCCUUCUUCAGCAAUGUUUCUUUCUGCCUUGUUGAAAAUCGUGUUAUGUUUAGAACCUUGUGUGCACGCAUCUUAGGUGUGAUACUACGCGUUAUGAGCGCCUGAGGUUCCGGGAAGGUUCUUAUUCAGGAAUAUGAUCUGUAUCUUUGCGAGAAAGAGUAGGCAAACAAGUAAAGCUUCAAUUAGCAAACCUUUGUUUUGUUCAGAAUAACAGAGCUGAGCUAGUUGGUAUGUAUUUACUCUAAAAGACAGUGUUUAUAAACACUGAUGCAAGUGCGUAUUGUAUCCUACCUCUUAAGAUGGUUGCUGAUGGCACAGGAUUGCUUGUGAGCUAAUCUUUCGUGGACAGCAUAAUGAUUCUUUUUGAUCCUCUUCACACAGGAAACACAGUCAUUGACAUGCCAAGCAUCGCAGAAAAUUCAAUUGGUUCAUCCAGUUCUGAUGUUCUCGAAAGUAUUUUAAUGUCGGAAAAAUCUGAACGUAACUUGGUGCUUCAUUUUUCAGAAGUGUUUGAACCAGGUGUGCGAGAUCACAUGUGUGACUUUAUGUAGAAGCGCACAGGGUUCUGAACUUCUGAAGUUUUCAAUUUUAGAAGGUUUUGAUUUACUCAAUUGUCACACAACCUUGAUUGUAUUGUAAUGGUUGACUUUAUACUCCAUUUUACAAGGUGUUGGCAGUGCUGUGGAAGGCAUGGGCUUCCUCAGCCAAUCAUGACAGAGCGCACUACAUAAAUGUGUUCCUACGCGGAUGUCGCAUUCUUGAAUCUGACGAGUGGCACUACACCACGUCUGUGCGAAAGAUGAGUGCUAUACUAAUUAACUUUUAGUCUUGGUGGAAGCGGCGCUUGGCACCUUCUUGACAUGUUUUGUUCAUUUUUGGAUAGGCUGACACUCAUUCCAAAAGAACUGGCCCCGUUCUGUCUAUAUUUAAUAUCACUUGUUCUUGUGAGUUCUUAUCACAUCAGAGCUUCUUUUAAAAUGUUUAUGCCACCACUAUAAAAAAAGUUACUCCAAUCAUUGAAUCAAUCAACUUAAGUUAUUCAUUGAGACAAUUAAUGAUCAAAUCAUUGAAUCUAUCAAUCCAAAGGUUUAUUUUCCGACAUAGUAAAAUAUUUUUUUUUAUGUUUGCUACUUUCACUACGACAGUACUGAAUGUUCCCAUCCUGAAUGCAUCGCAUAUUGCCAUGAGUCUCUUAGAAGGGCUAACAUUUCAUCGUUCUCAUCACAACACUAAUGUGGCGUUGCAGCUCCACAUAAACUGCCGGUGACAUUACACAAUGUGCGUUGCUUCUAUGAAAAAUGCGUUCCGAGAGCAUUUUUUAUACUUGAAGUCAAGCAGCUGCUGCAUCCUCUGCCUUGUCACUCUGGGUAUCAUCAGUAGCAUCUCUCCCUCUUUUAAGGGCGGCACCACUUUAGAGGUAGCUGGAGUUUCACCUUUCUCAAAAAACGUAUACACCGCCCAUCAUAAUACGACCAGGUCAAAAUCGUCCAGCUUAUUUGCCCAAUCACAGACUCACACUUCCAUUUCACUGGCCUCUGCUCAGCAGUGAGGAUUAGCUUCAGCCUUGAUAGCAUGAACACCAGGAUCUUUUAGGUGGUGGCAUAUAACUUCUGUUCAGCCGUCUUGGUGGUGGUAUCGAUGAGCUUUUGGUGGCGUCGAUGUCAGAGUCCUCUUAGUGGUGGCAGUGUAGUGCCAUCAAGUCGUCUUGUGGGACACUUUGCUUUGUUACUCACCGUCUCACCAUUCUAUCUGUGCCUCAUGUUUGCCUUCAUUUUAACGGCGAAGCUGCUCUCAGUCAAGCCUUUCUUGUUCGUUGGCGUAGCGCUUGUCAGCGUGUGUUGGAACACGAGUCAUGGGGUCUUGAAGCUUAAGAGGGGGGUGGAGGAACAGUGCAAAUGACAGAGAAGAAAAAAGAAGAUUCAAGCAAGGGUUCACAAACGUCUUGGAGAAACAUACAUAUAAAACAUACAGGGAAGAGAUCAAUGAAGGAAGGUGAAAAGGUUUUUGUCUCUUGGGAAGAGGGUAAGGAUCCUGACAAUGUUUUUAGCUUUGAUGUGGUUAGAUAUGUCAUGUGAUAUUAUCCUAAGGCCCAAGCACAAUUAACUGCCUGAUGUGAAACUGCUAACUGUAGCACAGAUUCAUCUUAGAUAUAUUUAGAGGUUGUGAGAAUAGACGCAUAGGAUGGUGUCGAAAGUCAAUUGGAUCUAAGGCUAGUGAGCUUUACUCUCGUGCAAAAAACACUUAUGUAACUCCAGUUUGUCUUUCACAUUUUUUAUGCUCAUUUUGCUGUUGCAGAAUGGUUUACUAUUGUGCACUGGAGUAGUAAUUGGCGUUUAGAUAUCUUCUUUGAUCCUAGAGUGUUUUGAUACUACAUAUAUACUAUCCUUUUAGCAAUUCCAUACAGUACUUUACAGGAUGAAAACUCGUCACUAUUUCUAAUGUCUCUUAGUCGCUUUAGUUGCUGUCAUGUAUCGUGGAAUUAAGCUUGGGAGCUACAGUGAUUGAGUAGUGUCAAAGUGGUGUUUUUAUGUGUAGCGCGUCAUUAGUAAGGAAGUAGUCAGCAAUUUAUUUAUGGAUAACCAGUUCAGUUGGCAGUGUUGUCACUGAGCAACUUUAGGAUUUCUAAUACUUGAAAAAGACGGCUGCUAAAGACACUUUGAACUGUACUUUGUACUCCAUUUUCAAAGAAUGGGCAUGAGUAAAUAAUGUUGAGUAUACUGACAUAUGCUAGUUCUGCUUGCCCCUAUCUCAAUUUUUUUAUGUAUGCAUAUGGUUGUUUGUCAAUAACUUUAGAAUGCUUUUGAAGUUCUUGUGGGCAUUGGUGAGAUGAUUGAUUGAUUGGUAAAUCCUAGUUGUUUUAUCUUAGUUGUACAUUUAAGAUGAUGCAAUUUAUCAAUAUGUCUUUGCCAGACUGGCCAAGUACAAUACGUUACUGUGAUUGGUGUGCUGUUGCAUGUUGCAUUGCACAUAACCAAUGUGAUAAGUAAAGAACAGACAUACACACAGCAUCCAAAACAGUCGUCUGCGGUAUUACUACAAGAAUGCCUUCUGUCACCGUAGAUGCUACAUAUUUUCGGGCCAUCACGAAAUUUGUCAUAUUACAAAAGGUUCGUUCAGCUGUGGUGCUCACUUGCAAUGUCAACAUAGCAUCUUGUGUGGUCUCUAGCAGAAACUAGCACACUUAAAGAACACUGAUUGUGACAUGAACUGAGUAUUUACAGGGUUAAAAAAAAGCUUGUGUCAUACAAGACAAUGAACUGGGCUUGUUGGUGCACGUUUGUAUCAAUAGUGUUUAGUGCUAAAGCACAAUUCAUUAUGAACAUGUGCACACGCACUUAUACAUCUAUCACGCACACAUGCGCGCAUACUAACAAAGUAUAAGAAAAUAGUCAAGAAAAUCAAUGAACAAAUGUGCAUUCACAUAUCUCCUCUUGUUCUUUCAUCGCUGUUGCUUAGACCUUAAUGUUAAACUAAGCACAAUUAAAUGGGGCAGUGCGUUGUAAAUGUUAUAAAAGGGGGUCCUGGACAGCACUGAGGAAAAAAAAAAGAAGAAAGCAGUCGAGCACUUAACUAAUAGUAAUGCACAAUAAACUUUCGACAUAAGGUCCAUCUUAAUGUAAACAAUGCAGGUUUUUACAAAAAUAUAAAGUUCAAGUUAUACGAAUAUUUUAAAAGGUAUAUAGAAAUUUGUUAGCAAAUUGAAGAUUUGCCUUCCAUGUUAACUACUAAUCCGAAAAAUUCUGGCAAGUAAUUUCCCCUCACAAUGCUACCACAUCUGUCAGUAUACAAGAUGCUAACCACAUGCGUCUAUCAGAUGUAGAUAGCGCUUCAGUGUUGAACUCAUUUUUUUCAUCUGUGUUCA